UUUUGACUCAAAACAUCAGAAGAAAUCGUAGCGAUGUUUAAAUUUUAGCUAUUUGGGUAGCCCAUAGAGUGCACCAGAGACAAGGUUAAAAAAUGUCUGGCCCACCUGGACCCAAGCCUAUUGGAGUCCCUUCCAAGCUCGGUAUGUAUGUAAGUGACCCUCAGUCAUUUUAUGGCCACCCUGGUUUUGGGGAUCUGAAGCACUCCCUCUGUCUGAUGCUGCCACAUUUGUCAUUUGUCUAUUUCCUCUAUGCUAUAACAACUCCCUGGUUUCUGAAAGCGUGCUUGAGCUGAGGUAAAUACUAAAAUAGAUUAGAAGAAUUGCACAUGUGGGAUCAUGUGCAUACACAAGGAUUAAAGCUAUAGCCUGACUGGAUAAAUGCAUUGUCAUAGUUACUUCCGCUAUUCAGCAUAAACAGGAAGAUGAAGCUCGUGAAAUAAAGGAAGGUGACAAUACCAGUAAUAAUAGUAGCAGUUUAACAGGUAACAACAAUUUUAUAAACUCAAGAUAUGACAGCACCAUUUUUCCUGCAGCAAAGUCUACAUCUUGGAGGUCAAACCUCAAUAGGAAAUAUGCCAAUGCUAGGACAGCAUGGCAUUGACCCUGCAAGCAAUGACCAACCUCUUCAAUUCAGUGCCAAAUCUGGGCCAAAGGUCAUAAUGGGUUCAUCUGUAGAAGAAGGCAUAAAGAAAGAUCGUCGAGAUAUGAUGAGUGUUCGUAGAAGAUACUCAGAUAAUACAGUGGGAAUCGGAGGUCCCAUCAUGCCGGGCAUGAACACACCAGGACCUGGAAUGAACAGUCCUAAUAUGGGUGGUAACGGAAUGGGGUCGAUGAACCCCAAUUGGAAUCUGGGAUCCAUGUGGAAUGAGGGAGGAGGAAUGAUUCCAGCAUUUGAUCAGAUGCCAGCUAAUGGUGCACUUGGCAGAGGAGGUAUGCCUGGUGGUGGUGGACUUCCUGGGAACAUGGUAGGGGGGAAUGACAUGCUUCCCCUGCCUCAGAUGAUGCAACAAAAGGAAGUGAUCCAUCUGACAGGUGCUACAUUGUUUCCGCCACCAGUUGGUGCACCUCCAUCUGUUCGUGAGAAACCAUACGGCUGCCGUACCAUUUUUGUUGGCGGUCUGCCAGAGAACGUCACAGAAGAUCUAGUACGAGAAAUGUUUGCUUGUUGCGGGGAGAUUGUGAGUUAUCGUAAAGGAAAGAAAAAUUUCUGCCAUGUGAGAUUCAGCGAGGAAGUGGCUGUAGACAAGGCAUUGUAUAUCUCAGGUUAUAGGUUGUGCAUAAACAACAGUAAGGAGCCGGAUAAUAUAGGGCGUAUACAUGUAGACUAUGCACAAGCACGCGAUGAUCAGUAUGACUUUGAAUGCCGGCAACGCCAAUUUGCCCGUGAGAUGAGACAUCGUGUUCGGAUGGAGGAGCAACUUCUUCGACCACCAUCUCCACCGGUUAUGGCCAUUCCAUAUUCAGAUCACGAAUCUACAGCUCUCGCAGAAAAUCUCAAAUCCGAUGAAAACUUUUUGGCGGCAGUAUCUCUGUUGAUCUCUUGGUUGGACAAAGGGGAUUGCACCAAGAGAACUGCCAGUACAUUCUACAGUAUGAUCCAAUCUGUGAACAGCCAAGUGAGACGACUAAUGAAUGAAAAACAGACAUACGUUGAUGAGUGGGAGGUUGCCAAGAAUGUGUAUAGACACAGGGUCAAUGGCUUAUUCAACCAAUUCAGCCUGAUAGAGAGCGUAUUUGUGAGUGCUACCAAGCAACGAGCAUGGGACCAUUUUACUAAGCCUCAGAGGAAAAACAUAGAUACAUGGAAGAAGCAAGCAAAGAAAAUCAAGUUGAGUCAACAAGAAGAGUUGAGUAACAUUUUAAAUGAGAAAGGUGAGGCAGACAUGGAUGUAUCAGAUGAUGAAGAUGCGGAAACCAAGACCCUGUUGAUGGUUCAAAGUGCACAGGAGUACGCUGCCAAAAACCAGUUGCUGCAGGAGUCAUCGGAAGCUAAGAAGAUAAAAUUAGAUUCAGAUGAAGAAGUAAACACACUUAAAGAAGAAAACGACACAAUGCGAUGUCAACUUGAAGCAUUCAAAAAUGAGAUGGAGCUGCUUAAAGUUGAACGUGCGAAGGAGUAUGAGGAAAAGGAUACGCAGAUUAAAGCGUUACAACAUGCCUUGCUUGGCAUGCAACAGCAACUAAUGGAAGCAAAAGGAAACCUUAAAAAACAUGAUGAAGAAAAGAAAAAACAGGAGACUGAGAAGCCAUCCGAGUUGACAAAUUGGCUCAAGACGUCCACCUCAUCACGGGAUGUUGAUAGCGAAAAUAAAGAGAAAACCAGCAGUAGCAAAGAAGGUAGCGAGACAACUCCAGAGACUGUGUUAACGGAAACGGACGGUAUGCUUGUAGGCUUACUCGCAACGUUCCUUCACGUUCAUCCCUUUGGUGCAUCCAUCGAGUACCUCUGGUCCUACCUGCAACGCCUGGACCCAAAGGUCACCCCAAGGGAAAUCGAGUCGAUCUUGGUGAAGCUACCAACAGUGUUUAAACAGGAGCUUUUCGGGGUUGGAGCAACACUAGAGAAAAGGUGGCAGUUCAUUGGAUUUAAGACUUGUCUAAAAGAGAAGGAAUGAGUCACAGUCUUGUGGAAAAUUGAUACAUUAAUUUGCGUUGUGAAAUUGCAGCUAAUUUAUGCAGAUAUUUUCAAAGGACAUUUUAUCAGAGAGAUUUUUAUGAAAAAUGUUCAGAAAUGCUCAAAGGAAUUUAUUCUCUACAUAUGGAGUCACUCAUGGACAUUGAACAAACUUCUCAAUUCACUGUGGAGUAUUCCUAGCUGUUGAUUGACCAAUAUCAUUCCAAUUUUCCUUUUUACCCAUUUAUAUUCCUGGGCCACAAAGACGAUAAGUGUAAACUAUCUUUCCCAAAGAUGUAGGCAGUGAGCUAUAAACCCAAAACCUUUAAAAUCACAAAACCAGCACCAGUGUUACACUAACACACAUACAAAUGUAUUAACCACAGUGUCUGACUACACCCUUGGAAAAUGUGUGGGUUACAAUGGCAUGAUCUGAAUGUUCAGAUUAAUAAUGUGGAGAGCAGCGACACAUCUGUCUGUUGUGUAAUAUGCAAGACAUAUUAAUACUAUUUUAGAUAUUAGACGUACAGUAAAUGUAAAAUGUAUAUAUUAUAAAGAAUGAAUGAAUUCAUACAGUAUUAGGGUUCUGGGGACCCAGUGCAGAGCCUACCGUCAUCAGCACACCAGAAAGUGUAACCUCAUUUUAAAUAGUCCUAGAAGGUCAGCUGAUAUUCAGAGGCCCUCCUACAUAAAUGAAAUAGCAUGAUGCUUUUAUCAGCGAAGUUUCUUUAUGAUGCUUAGGGAGUGGAGUUUUUUUUUUUAGUCGUGAGAAAAAGUCCUACUGUCACAGGAAUUGAACCCAGGACCCUGGGAUUAGAAGUCAAGCAUCUUAACCACUUAGCUAUUCAACUCCAUUUCUUCUUUUAAAAGAUAAUGUAACAACAGUAAAAUAUAUUUUGUAUAAUACUGUAAUAAAAGAAGACUGAUUUUGUGGUGCCCAGUGACUGGUAUGAAACCAAUACCCAAUUGAUGUGAUGCUUCUUUGGAGACUUUGUCAAUUAUUGAUCAGAUAUGCAGUGGCGUAACAAAGAGGCCAUGGCUAAGACUUUUUAAAGCCUGGGGCUGGGUUCGGGUAUAGAGCCCAGUGGAGCACAGGGUAACAAUUCAGCAUUUUUAAUGUUUUAGGGGUGUAUUUUGAUGUUUUUCUUUACAUAAAAAAAAAAAAUAAAAAAUGCUGAUGAAUAUCCCAGGGAUCCUUUAAGGUCUGGGCCCUGGAUUUAGCCAGUGAGAGCUCAUAGCUGUUACUCCAAUACAGAUAUGGAUCCAGUUCAUGCAAAAUAAAUUCAAUUCUUUUAUUUCAGACAAUUAAUAUCCAUAUAAUAACAGACAAAACAAGGCAGGAGAAAAAACAUCAAUCAACUGAUUGAACUGGCACAAAAGAAAUUGUGAACCUCUUAGAAAUAAUUAAAGGACAAGGCAAAAUAAAGAAUAAUGUUAUUUUACAAUAUAAGAAUUUUGAAAGCAUGAACACCUAUUGCUUUUACUGUUUUGUUGUUAAUGUCAUCAUUAUUAAUAUUGUUACUAUUUAGAUAUGCUAUCAAUGCUAACAUGAAGGCCUAAAUACCUUGUGGCUCAUGGACUGUAUUUCCGACUUUCAGAAUGGGUUCACUCAAAAAGGGGUUUGACAGCAGUUCCCUGGUCAUGGAUGGGCCUGUGUAAUGUUCAUCUUCACUUCUGCAGUACUGUUAUUUAUCUGUUAUAGAAUCGUGAAUAUUUACAUACGUUGGAAGUUAAAAUGCUGAGUAAUUACAGUAUUUUGUACUGUCAAUUAUUUUUCCAAACACUGCUUACUGAUAUACUAUAAACAGUCCCCACAGAAAUACUUGUUGAAAUACAACCAUUUCAUUUCAUUUUUGUGUUAAUAAAAUUGAAGAAACUUUGAAAACUA